CGGUCCAAAAAAUAAAACAGUGAAACUCCGUGUGAAACUAAUUACGACAAGCAACCAUUCAGUGGAUUUUAGCUUGAGGAUAUAUUUUAUCUUUAUUUGUAUUUUUCUUAAACUUGUCAUAGGCUAAUCAUGGCAUUUCUGAUCUACUUGACUCUACUGACAACAGCCGUCAUCACAAAGGUGACUGCUAGCUGCCCAGCAGUGUGUGAGUGCCCUGACGAGCCCCUGGUUUGCCCUCCAGGAGUUAGCACUGUGCCAGAUGGAUGUGGGUGCUGCAAGGUGUGUGCUGCACAGCUUAACCAGGACUGCAGCCCCACGAGGCCCUGCGACCACCACAAAGGGCUGGAGUGUAAUUACGGCAACGAUGUGACCAUGGCCUGGGGCAUCUGUCGAGCAAAAUCAGAGGGACGCACAUGCGAGUACAACGGCAGGAUCUACCAGAAUGGCGAGAGCUUCCGUGCCGGCUGUAAACACCAGUGUACCUGCAUCGAUGGCGCCGUCGGCUGCGCUCCUCUCUGCACCAACAAGCUGCCACCGGCCUCUCCAUCCUGCCCCUACCCACGGCUGGUCAGGAUACCCGGGCAGUGCUGCUUCAGUGUGGACUGCCAUAAGGGUACCUGGCGGCUGCCACCUAAGCAUCAGGUGCCUCCACCACAACAACACCUGCCCAGACGUCAGCACCAGCCUGAAAAUGAGCUGGCCAACGAGCUCGCCGACGCCAAGUCCAGCGGCUGGGAGAGUGAACAUGGCUACAAACACCUGCCUGUGUGGAACCAUCUGAAGGAGAAGAAGUGUCCAGUCCAGACCACUGACUGGUCCCAGUGCUCCUGCAGCUGUGGGAUGGGAGUUUCUUCUCGCAUCACCAACAAGAACCCUCAGUGCAAGCUAGAGAGAGAGACGAGGAUCUGUACCGUACGGCCAUGCCACGGCCUAACAGUCCCAGCCAAGAGAGGGAAGAAGUGCUCCCCGACCCAGAAAGCCCCCGAGCCUAUCCGCCUGUCCUACGGAGAAUGUGUCAGUGUCCGCCUCUACCGGCCCAACUACUGCGGGGUGUGUGCGGACGGACGGUGCUGCUCGCCUCGCCGCACGCGCACUGUACCCGUGAGGUUUGUCUGCCCAGACGGCGAGCGUUUCCAGAGGUCGGCCAUGUUCAUCCAGUCGUGUAAAUGCAGCGAGGACUGCGGCCACCUCAAUGAAGUGGCCCUCCCUCCACAGCAGUGGAUGUACGGAGAUACACAUCAGUUCAUAGACUAGUACUGACUACAUUUUUAUUUUGUUUUUAAUAUGAUGAGGUCGACUUUUUGUUGACGCUUCAAGACUAGGGGCCGUUUUUUUUUUUUUUUUUUUU